AUGCGCCUCGCCGGCGGCGCCGGGUCCCCCCGGGCGGCCCCCUCGGCCGGGAACGGCAGCCGGUGGCGGGCGGCGGAGCCCGGCGGCGGCGGCGGCGGCAGCCCCAGCCCCGAGGUGUGGUCGGGGUCGCCCAACGGCAGCCUGGGCGGCUGGGACCCCUUCGGGCGGGACGAGGAGCUGGCGAAGCUGGAGAUCGCCGUGCUGGCCGUCACCUUCGCCGUGGCGGUGGUGGGCAACGGCAGCGUGCUGCUGGCCCUGCGGCGCACGCCCCGCAAGGCGUCCCGCAUGCACCUCUUCAUCCGCCACCUCAGCCUGGCCGACCUGGUGGUGGCCUUCUUCCAGGUGCUGCCCCAGCUCUGCUGGGAGGUGACCCAUCGCUUCCACGGCCCCGACGGGCUCUGCCGCGUCGUCAAGCACCUGCAGGUCUUCGGCAUGUUCGCCUCGGCGUACAUGCUGGUGGCCAUGACGGCCGACCGCUACAUCGCCGUCUGCCACCCGCUGAAGACGCUGCAGCAGCCCACCAAGCGCUCCUACGGGAUGAUCGCGGCGGCCUGGGUGCUCAGCCUGCUGCUCAGCACCCCGCAGUACUUCAUCUUCUCCCUCAGCGAGGUGGAGCGCGGCUCGCAGGUCUAUGACUGCUGGGCCCACUUCAUCAUGCCCUGGGGGCCCCGCGCCUACGUCACCUGGAUCACCGGCGGCAUCUUCGUCGCGCCCGUCCUCAUCCUCGUCACCUGCUACGGCUUCAUCUGCUACCACAUCUGGCGCAACGUCAGGGGCAAGACGCGCCCGGGGGAGGCGGCGGGCGGCGGGCGGCCGGCGGCCGGCGGCCGGCGGCGGGGGCUGCUGCUCGCCCCCUGCGUCAGCAGCGUCAAGACCAUCUCCCGCGCCAAGAUCCGCACCGUCAAGAUGACCUUCGUCAUCGUCUCGGCCUACGUCGUCUGCUGGGCGCCCUUCUUCACCAUCCAGAUGUGGUCCGUCUGGGACCAGCGCUUCCCCUGGGUCGAUUCCGAAAACACUGCGACUACCGUCACGGCUCUGUUGGCCAGUCUGAACAGCUGCUGUAACCCGUGGAUCUACAUGUUUUUCAGCGGGCACCUCCUGCAAGACUGCAUACAGAGCUUCCCUUGCUGCCAAAAAAUAAAGCAAACGCUGAGUAAAGAAGAUUCAAACAGCAACAGCAGGCGACAGACUUCUUUUACCAACAACAGAAGCCCAACCCACAGCCUGAACACCUGGAGAGAGUCGCCCCGCUCCAAAUCGACCAGCUUCAUCCCCAUUCCAACCUGAGACGGGCCCCGGGGCGGGCAGGGCUUGCAGCCCCCUGACAGCGCUUGGGAAGGUUACUGCAUGGCACUUUUCACUGGUGAGAGGCACCAGCCGUGCUAACAAGGAAGGACUAAGAUGGCCAUAGGGCAGAAUGUGCUGCAUUGCUCAAGAAGCUAUUCUGCAGCGUGUAAAUUAUUUUCUGAAACGUAUUUAGGACUUGGACAACUGAUCAGGAAGGUGUGAAAACAAUAAAGCAAUUAUUUUUCUAAAUAGAAUUUACUAUUUAAUUUUUGUUGUUGUUUCUAAAAUACUAAGUGCAUUGUUUGCUUGUUGUUCAAAGCAGUAAAAAUAGUGCAGUUGGCCUGUGUUGAGGUAGCUCGACUCUCUAGUGUUAAUGCCUAAAACUUCUCAUGAUUGUCCGAUGAAGUCACAGGGAAAGAAGAUGAUAUGAGCAAGAUCACAAUUUUAGUCUUAAACACAAAAAGAAAAGAGUUGGGAGAAUGUCCUAACUGUCCGGGUAAGGAACAUGGUUAGACAGGCUCUGAGUUAUUGGGAAUUUCAUUGAUCAUACUGCUUUAUCUUGUAAAGGUCUAGCAAUUCUCAGUUAAUGAAAUUUAAGAGCCCCUGUGGAGGCAAGUCCUUCAGUGCUGUCAACAUCUGUGUGUGUAUGGUGGGGUUUCAUUUUUAGGGUGACAUUUCCUCUUCCCUUCACAUUAAUGGAAGUUAUACGGCAUAUUUUUUGUGUUGUUGCACCUAUUUUGAUUUGUUUAAACUAAUUUUAAAAAAUACAUUGAUAAAUAAGUAUGAUAAGCUGUGGCUAGCUCAGCACUGUUACAAACAGAUACACUAAGAAAACUCAUCCUGACUACCAGAACCACUUGCUUUAUGGGUAAGAAUUGCAUCUUUUCUUUUUUCUUCACUAAGAUAGCUAGGAUAAAGCCACAUUUGGUUGUGAAGUAAAUAGCCCCAUAAAUUCGGGAGAAUGUGGCCGUUUGGUAAGAGCUGAAGAAUCAGUAUAUUCCACAACACAGACUUUAGAAUCAAUCUUACAAGUCUUCUGGGAACUUAUAAAAAUUGUCAACGUUGUUGUUUUGGGAUGUUUUUUUUUGGCAGAUCAUGACAAUAUAGCUUUUGAAAUUGGCAGUAAACUGCAAGAAAAAGUCAUCACAACACAUUUACUAAUUAUAAAGCAUUCAAGGUAUGCUUGUUCUCUCUACAAUGCAUGCCAAGUCAAGUGUAGUUCCUACAGCUUGUAAAUAAUCCUGUUAUGUCUUUCUGUGGAGUCUGUCUUUUGCCUGGAGAUUGGGUUAUGAAGCUCCUUGAAUAAGUUUUGCUGUCGUUUUAAAGUCCUGAGGAUUUCUCUGAGAAGUACAGCUACCUGUCUGCUCUGUUUUCCUGAGCUCUCUCAGUCCUGAAGUCGAGGCAUUCUCCUGGCACCGUGCAGGACCUCUGAUGCAAUCCCAGCUGGCUCGCUAGAGCAGUGGGACACAUGCACGGCUGCGUAACGUCCGUGUUUGUGUUUGCAAGGAGGAACCUCAGCAGCAGGUUUCUCUCUUUCCUACCAAAACCAGACAAACAAGAUUGCUUUUCUAAUUGCUUGAGCAGAGAAAAAAUUGGGGCCACAACUGUGGCUUUCACUGAGGAUGGUGCUGGCCGCAUGCCUGUCGCAAUAAUGGUAGCAGAAAUUAAUAGAGCUAGAUGCAGGAUAAGAUCAUAUUCGACCUGUUGUCCACUCCAGAAGCUCACAGACAUAUCACUGACUAUUCCAGGCAAAGACUAAGGAAGAUUAUAGCUCAAAAAAAAUAGUAUUUAGGUUUUCUUGUCGCUAAAGAAAAUCUUAGCUCUUCUCUCUACAUUCCUUGUUAUAAUUUUCUGUUCUUCAGGAGAGCCAUCUGGUCUAAUGUGGUGGUGGUGUUCAAAACACUAGAACCCAAAGGACAACAUGGUGGAAUGGCUUAUGUUUAACAGACUAUCUUUUUGACCACCUUUAGUACACAGAUGUGACUACAGCUCUCACCAGUUCUGGGUGAAGGUUUGUGAACCUGAAGUUAUAUUUUAGUCCAAAAAAAUGUGUGCAGUGGCGUUGGGUGUGUGUGUAUUUGUGCACAUUGUAUGUACUGCGUAUAUUUCGCAAGUAGAUAAUUCAGUUACUGAAAUUACAAAUGCUUCUAGUUAAGUACACUAUCCUUUGCCUAGUUUUCUAUUUGUGUUACUUUCUUUGUACACAAAAUAUAUAUUAAAAAGCAAUUAGCUGUACUAACAGAA